UAACAUAACUGUUUUAGAAGAAAGGGGCUUGCAAGAAGGUGAUAAAAAACUAGCUGAACGGCAGCAAACACUUGAUCAAGGAAACGAGACAUUGACUGAUUUUCAAGCAGCUAUGGAGGAGAUUAAUAAAUCUGGAAUAAUAUCAAUCUUAAUUUGUUUAAUUAUUGGCCUGGUGCUUUUAUUUUUAAUUUAUCGAAUAUGCCGAGUUGGAAAUUAUUUUAAACGGACACCAGUACAGCCUCUGGAAGUAAUUGUAAAGAAGGAGAGAAAGAAGGAAGUUGAGGAUAAAUCAAAACUUUUAUUAAACAUUUAAAUUGUUUCAAAUAAAUUUGAACAUACCUAUAGAUAUGACUGAAAAUAUUGU